GCGCUGCCGCGCCCCGCCCGCCCUUUUAAAUGCUCGGUCACGUGACGCGGGGAAAAGGGGCGGGGCCGGAGGGCGGAAGUCGCGCGGUGCCAGCGGAGCCCGGACAUGGCGGGCGUGAAAGCUCUCGUGGCCCUGUCCUUCAGCGGAGCCAUCGGGCUGACCUUCCUCAUGCUGGGCUGCGCCCUGGAGUACUACGGUGUGUACUGGCCCCUGUUUGUGUUGAUCUUUUACUUCCUCUGCCCCAUUCCCCACUUCAUUGCCAAGAGGGUGGGCGAUGACAGCGACGCAGCCAGCAGUGCCUGCAGGGAGCUGGCCUAUUUCUUCACCACGGGAAUUGUUGUCUCUGCCUUUGGACUCCCUAUCAUCCUUGCACGGGUGGAAGCAAUCAAAUGGGGAGCCUGUGGCCUGGUGCUGGCUGGCAAUGCAGUCAUUUUCCUUACUAUUUUAGGCUUUUUCCUUGUGUUUGGCAGAGGAGAUGACUUUAGCUGGGAGCAGUGGUAGGAGCUCGCUGUGGUGCUGGUAAUUUUGGAUAUUUUACAGCUUUUUUUCUCCCCUCCCUGUCCUGUGUGUAUGUACAGAUAUUAUAAUAUGUGUGGUAUGUUAUCCAAUUCACGUGGCUUUAUGUUAUCACUUAAUAAUUUGCUUUUUUAAAUGCACUUCAGCCAAAGGGACCUUGCUGACAGUUGGCUUGAAGUAGUCACUAAAAUGUGGAAUUAUUAGGAAUUUAUCCUUGAAGAAGUUUACAGAACAUAAGCAGUUUUACCCAUUUUCACCCUAUUUGCAUUAAUUUUUGGUUUAAUUGCAGUGUCAUUGAGCCAUUGGUCACUAUUCCUGUUGGGGUUUUAACCAUAUAAUCAAAGAAUAAUGUAAAGAUUAUCCUAAUUGGGAUUGUUCAACUUGAUCAGUCUUUCUGCUUUAAUUAGGAUGAGUUAGUAUUUCAUUUACAUCUCAUUAAUUGUCAUUUUUCUUAAUGAUAGAAAGCCAAAUGUAAGUGAUGUCAACCCUUACUCCCUAAUGAAAGCAAGAGACAAUAACCCUGGUUAAAAACCCUUCCAAUUAUGUUUGUUUAAAGAUCAGUUUCUCCCCACAAAGGUAUUUUCUGUCUCUGUUCAGUUCAAAAAUUGUGGCUACAUUUGGGGGAUAAUAUAUUUUAAUACAUCUUAAAGCUGCCAUGACUUCUAUGAAGGUUCACAGAAGGAGGAACUACCCUCAGGACACUCAAAAAUCACAAUUUAGUGUUCAACUCCGUAUUUUUAUGGGUGUGAAUUGCAAGGAAUUGAGUGUUCUGCUGGGUGGGAUUUCUUAUUUCCUCCUUGCUUUUAAAACACACUUCUUCAGCUCCUAUUUUUUUGUCUGGAAGGAGGUUGUUAUUCCAUUAAAACACUUUCUUUUUAAACAGCAUUAUCCUAGUAACCAUUGAAAUAAUGACACUUCAGCAAGUAUAAUUUUAUUACUUUAGUUUUGUAGGAAUAGAAGGAAUGGUCAGUGAUUAAUUACGUGAGCACUCUGAAAUGGGGACAGAAAUAAUUUUGUGGUCCCCGUUCAUGGGCUGUGGCUCAGGCAGGACUGGGAAAUGGAGUUCCAGGGAGGGUAAUUCCAUGUUUUCAGUGGGAAUUUCUGCUGUGAGAAGGAACAGUUGAGUUUCCAGGUUGCCUCCUGCUAAAAGAAGAAUUAACAUUAAAGGAUGGGGGUUUUUUUGAUGUUAAUGCUCCAUCCAAGACAUAACAGGAUAAACUUAUAAAAAUCCUGGGAAUAACAAAUUAUCUGAGUGUCUUCUUCCUGCUUUUGCUGAAAUCUGUCAGAACUGGGGAAUUGACUUGUUUUAAACCAAAUUCUUCAGAUUAAACAUCAUUUCCAUGUUUAAAUCCAGCUUUGAUUUUAGAGAAGAUGCCUUUUUCCCCUACACAGUGGCAUUUUCCACUCAAUAAUGAAACAAAAAAGUGAAAUAAAACCCAGUCAGUGCCUAAUGAGAAAUUCUUAAUGCCAUUGCUAACAAUUCCAUUUAACUCCUCCUGGAUUGGGGUUGGAUCCUAGAAAGCUUUUACUCCAUUUAUGUACCAAAGGCUGCAAUAGAAAUCUACAAAAUACUGAAUUCCUGGUGGGGUUUUGGGGAGGAAAUCAGCUGAGAUGGGAUUUUUCCUUUAUUUAAAUCCUUCUCUGUGGGCUCUGCUGUGGGGUGUGACAGGAGCAGGGAGCAGGGACAAUCUGAAGUGACCAGGAGAAGCAGAAAGUGCUGGUUUAAAUUUGCUUUUUGCCAAAUUUUUCUGUUGUACUGUAUCCCCUUUGAGCUGUGUUGGUGGGUGUUGAGGGGAGAAGGUCAAUGCUUUUUUUAUUGUUAUUUUUAUUAUUGUUAUUCUUUGGAAGUAGCUACGUGCACUAAUCCCUAAUGUGAAUUUCAUGCAGUUUUCACCUGGACUUUACAUUUAAUGUUUAAAAUUGUGUUGAAAUCAUGGAGAUCUCCCUUAACCUCUGUAAAGCACAUUUACUUUGUUAUCAAAUACGGUAAAAAAUAAUAUUUCAGUGGGUUUUUUUUUACCUCCAGAGCUUCAUUGCCACUAAGCUCUGCGGGUGUGCCCUGGGAGUUGUGUCCAUCCCUGCAGGGGAAUCACUGUGCUUUCUCUGGAAUGCUUUUCCCUGUGGAAUACUGUGUAUCCAAAGUGCCUUAACCUCCACACAACGCUGAUUUUUGUGCACCCACAUGGCAAGAUCAGCGUGCCAGAAGCAGCUGCAAAUCCAUGGCUGCGUUUUCCAGAGCUUCCUUGUGGGCUAAUCCCGUUUCCUGCCGUGGGGAGAUGAGGGCAGUGCAGCUUUUGUACCUUUUGUAAACUGUUUUUAUCUCUGUGAUCACCACGUCCUUCAGAUCAUGGAGUAUCAAAGCACGGACAUUCAAACAUAUUCUACUUUUCUUUCCAAGUUGCCUACUAAAACUGACUUUUGGAAUUGUCUAAUAAACAUAUCUGAUGCUUAAA